GCGGCAAAUGAAUUGUCGUGAUGCCGGGUUGAGCGUUCGUUCGAGGUUAUGAAGUGAUCUGUAACGUGACUAGUGUUUGAAAAUCGCAAAAAUGGGUGAUUCGGACUUCAACGAGCUCCUGAGAUCAGCUGAACAGCUGUCCGCCGCUGUCGAGGGUUCUGGGGAGCUUCCCCAGGUCGAGAGAAAUCUCAGACAGAUUUUGGAAGCUUCCAACGAGCUCUGGUCUCGUGUCACCCAAAGUGGCACACAGGAUACCCAAGUGCAAGCGCACCUGCUGUUGGGCUCCCGAGGUGUCGAUCUGCCCCAGAUCUCUCAGAAACUGAAUUCUCUCAGUGCCAGACGGACCUUCGAGCCUCUAGAUCCAAUUGCUGACACGGAUAUCGUCAGUUAUUUGAGGAAUGAGAAGGAAAAUGCCAUUUUGUCGAUUAUUGAACAGGUCCACAAGGAUACCUUUGAGCUUAACCGAGUCCAGCAAAUGGAGCACAUGCUCGGUGAAUGGAAGCAGAUGCGUUUUGAGAUAAUAAAUGCUAUGACAGCCCCCUCAGGUGAGCUGGUGGAUCUCCGGGGUAUACCCCAGCGUACAAAAUUAGCAGGCUCGAUGGUCUCGGGUCUUUCGAACAUCGAGACAGCUUACGCCAAGGAACUCCAGACAUACAACGAUCACGUCCUCAGGGGUAUCUAUCGUCCCAGUCUCUUCAAAGCUUUCUCUCGAGCUGCUGAAACCUUCAACGAUAAGAAAAUUCUCGAUAUGUGGAAUAUGGUGAAGGUGAUGGUGAGCAUCCCCAUGACACCACGAGGAGACCAGAUUAAAUCACGAAGUAGUCCUGAGGUCGAGCAGAUGAUUGUCUCGCAGGCUCGUAAAUACCUGGAGAAUCGGUACAGGGACUUUAUGAAUUCAUUGGUGAACGAGAAUUUGGCGCAGGCGAAGCGUGGAGGGAUUCCUGGGACAGCUCCUCUGGUGAAGAGCUUCGUGGGAAUAAGAAUUCAGAACAUGAGGGACCUGGAGGACGCACUUGUGGACGACAGACCCAUUUGGCCUGUCAUUUACUACUGUAUGAGAGCUGGAGAUUUCACGGCUGCCCUCCAGUGCCUGAACCAGUGCUCCUCGUCAUUCCAGGAGUUUCGCCAGGCCCUCGAGGAGGCCUCGAAGGACUCCCAGAGGCGUCCCACAACUCGGGGAGAGUCCAUCGUAAAGCUCCAUUACAGAAAACACGUCAGGUCUUCGACAGAUCCUUUUAAACGAGCGGCUUACUGCGCCCUCGUCCCCUGCGAGCCCGACGAUCUCCACUCGGAGGUAAUCUGCACGGCUGACGAUUAUUUGUGGCUGAAACUCUGUCAAGUCAGGGAGCAAACCGAUAAUGAACAUAAACUCACUCUCGAUAGUCUCCAGACAACUAUUUUGGAGGUUUAUGGAGAGAGUUAUUAUCACGCCCACGAGCAGCCAUUCCUCUACUUCUCAAUGUUGUUUUUGACUGGACAAUUUGAGGCAGCAGUCGAAUUUUUGGCUAGAGGAGCUGGAGCCAGGCAUCUGCCACAUGCAGUUCAUCUGGCAGCUGCUAUGCACGAGCACAGUCUCCUGGCAGCUUCCCAGAGUGUCUUGGCACCACUGAUAACCGUCGAUCCAUCUGACAAACCCCCUGCUAAACGUCUCAAUCUGGCUCGAUUAAUUCUCCUCUACGUCAAACGAUUCGAGAGCUCAGACCCCAAGGAGAGUCUUCAUUAUCUCUUUUUACUGAGAUGCAUGAAGGAUCCUCAUGGGAGAAAUAUGUUUGCUGCCUCUGCUGCGGAGAUGGUGGUGGAGGCAUCACCCCAGAAUCGAGCUCUUCUCGUUGGAAAAAUUGACAGGGACAGGCGGCUGCCUGGUGUUCUCGAUCAAUUCCAGAUUAAUACUGACGAUGUAAUUAAUAUUUGCGCUGAGACUUUAUACAGGAAGGGACUCCUGGAGGACUCUGUCACUAUGUACGAUCUUGCUGGAAAUCAUCAGAAGGUCCUUGAGAUCAUGUGCACACUGCUGGCACAGGUUGUCAGCCAGAAAAACGCCCAGGGCUCGCUGAGGAGUCGAUUGCAAGCCAUCGCCACUGACAUCAGCUUGAGAUAUCAGGGGAUUGCUGUGCAGGUGCCAGCGGAAUUAAUUGCUGCAUUCUACACGUUGAGAGAUCUCAUGGUGUUCUUCGAUCAAUUCCACGACGAACAGCAUCAAACGGCCUUGAGGACUAUUGCUGACUCGAAAUUACUUCCUCUUCAUGUCAGGGAGGUGGACGAGAGAGUUACGGCCUUGAGGCGAGUCUCUCCAGAAGUCGCUGGGACUCUUUCUGAUGUUCUUCUGGCUACGAUGACCAUCAUCUACAGGCAGUACCAGAAGAUGAGGGGGUCUGAGCCCGGGGAUGAAGUCGCUCGGGAACAGCAACUCAGAAAUUUGAGGGAACAGGCUAGGGCCCUCACCAGCUUCGCUGGAACGCUACCUUAUAGAAUGCCCAAUGAGACUAACAGUAAACUCGUGCAGAUGGAGAUCCUCAUGCAUUGAGAAUUUUUUUUGUAAUUCUAUUUAGGGUAAUUUGUGAAUUUUCUUAUAAUAUUUUCCUUAUUCAUUUUGUAAGUUCGAGGUUCUGUUGGUAAAUACACGUGAAUUCAUAA